GUUGAGCAAGAUGGCGCCAAAGAAGAGAGCUUCGGGACCGCCGGCCAAGGCCGGGGAGACGCGAAAGAGGAAGUCCUCUUCUGAGGCGAGUCCCAGUACCCCGAAGAAGAUGCCCAAGGAGGGCAAGAGAGGAAAAGCAGGUCCGGGACGGAGAGGCAUGAAGAAACGUGCCGCUGGGGAAAAGAUGGCAGCCGUGGGAGCCCCUGAGGCAGGGAGUGGGCCAGCACCACCCGGGCCCAGCAAGCCACGGAGCCAGGAGCUUCCUCCGUGCCAAGUGCCUGUGAAGGAGAAGCCCCAGAUGCCCAAGGAGGGCAAGAGAGGAAAAGCAGGUCCGGGAGGGAGAGGCAGGAAGAAACGUGCCGCUGGGGAAACGAUGGCAGCCGUGGGAGCCCCUGAGGCAGGGAGCAGGCCAGCAACACCUGGGCCCAGCAAGCCACGGAGCCAGGAGCUUCCUCCGUGCCAAGUGCCUGUGAAGGAGAAGCCCCAGAUCCCCAAGGAGGGCAAGAGAGGAAAAGCAGGUCCCGGAGGGAGAGGCAGGAAGAAACGUGCCGCUGGGGAAAAGAUGGCAGCCGUGGGAGCCCCUGAGGCAGGGAGUGGGCCAGCACCACCCGGGCCCAGCAAGCCACGGAGCCAGGAGCUUCCUCCGUGCCAAGUGCCUGUGAAGGAGAAGCCCCAGAUGCCCAAGGAGGGCAAGAGAGGAAAAGCAGGUCCGGGAGGGAGAGGCAGGAAGAAACCUGCCGCUGGGGAAACGAUGGCAGCCGUGGGAGCCCCUGAGGCAGGGAGCGGGCCAGCAACACCUGGGCCCAGCAAGCCACGGAGCCAGGAGCUUCCUCCGUGCCAAGUGCCUGUGAAGGAGAAGGCCCAGAUGCCCAAGGAGGGCAAGAGAGGAAAAGCAGGUCCCGGAGGGAGAGGCAGGAAGAAACGUGCCGCUGGGGAAAAGAUGGCAGCCGUGGGAGCCCCUGAGGCAGGGAGCGGGCCAGCAACACCUGGGCCCAGCAAGCCACAGAGCCAGGAGCUUCCUCCAUGCCAAGUGCCUGUGAAGGAGAAGCCAGUGAGCGAGCCCGACCCACUGAGCCAGGAGACCCAGCUGGAGGACCCACUGAACCAGGAGACCCAGCUGGAGGAGCCACUGAGUGACGUAAUCACCAUCUCCAGCUCGUCUGAUCCACCGAGUGACGUAAUCACCAUCUCCAGCUCGUCGGAUCCACCGAGUGACGUGCUCAACUUCUCCACCUCGUCAGUCAGCAGCGACUAAGUUCAGGCCCAGUUGCCAGGAGACCUCAGAGGUCUCACCAGUGGCGGGGGGCGGGGGGUUGGUGCCCCCUUGCUAAUGUCAAUAAAUCGAAUGUC